AUGUCUAUGGAUUUUCCCGCCGAAGAGGAGGCCGUCCUCAAGCGGUGGAGAGAGAUUGACGCCUUUAACCGCCAGGUUGAACUGUCCCGUGGUCGGAAACCAUUCACCUUUUACGAUGGACCUCCAUUCGCAACAGGUCUUCCCCAUUAUGGCCAUCUCUUGGCAUCCACUAUCAAGGAUAUCAUUCCCCGAUACUGGUCUAUGAAGGGUUACUAUGUCGAGCGGAGAUUCGGAUGGUACGUUCCCUUGCUAACGUCCCCACGGGAUUGCCACGGUCUGCCCAUCGAAUACGAAAUCGACAAAAAGCUUGGCAUGUCUGGCCUGCAGGCCGUUGAGAAAUUCGGUAUUGAGAAGUACAACGAUGAGUGCAGGGCUAUUGUCAUGCGAUUCUCUUCGGAAUGGCGCCAGACCAUUGAGCGACUUGGUCGUUGGAUUGACUUUGACAAUGACUACAAGACUAUGGACCCAUCUUUCAUGGAGUCUAUCUGGUGGGUUUUCAAGGAGCUCUAUGACAAGGGACUUGUGUACCGAGGCCACCGAGUGAUGCCGUAUUCGACCGCCCUCAACACGCCUCUCAGCAACUUCGAAGCUCAACAGAACUACAAGGAUGUGCAGGAUCCCGCGGUCGUCGUGACUUUCCCCCUCCUGGAUGAUCCAGAGACCUGUCUGCUGGCAUGGACCACUACCCCGUGGACUCUUCCAUCCCACACAGGUCUGUGUGCUCACCCUAACUUCGAGUACAUUAAGAUUUGGGAUGAAGCCACCAAGAAGCACUACAUCCUCCUGGAAUCCUUGCUUCGAACCAUCUACAAGGACCCAAAGAAGGCCAAGUUCAAGAUUGUUUCUCGCUUAAAGGGAUCUGAUAUGCUGGGAUGGAAGUAUGAGCCUCUGUUCCCUUACUACUAUGACGAAUUCAAGGACCAUGGUUUCCGUGUUCUGAAUGAUGAGUACGUCACCUCCGAUGCUGGUGUUGGUAUUGUCCACCAGGCGCCUGCGUUCGGUGAGGACGAUUACAAGGUCGCGGUUGACCACGGUGUGAUCAACGAAACCCGCUACCCUCCCAACCCCGUAGACCCGAAUGGUCGCUUCACUGAAGAAGUUACCGACUUCGCUGGUCAGCAUGUCAAGGAGGCUGAUAAGGCCAUCAUUAAACACCUGAAGGGCACUGGGCGUCUUCUCGUUGACAGCCAGAUUACCCACUCAUACCCCUUCUGCUGGAGGAGUGAUACACCCCUGAUCUACCGCGCUGUGCCCGCUUGGUUCGUGAAGGUUACUCCCAUUAUUCCGACCAUGCUUGACAGCAUUGAGAAGUCUCACUGGACUCCUGACUUCGUCAAGUCCAAGCGUUUCGCCAGCUGGAUUGCCAACGCCCGUGACUGGAACAUUUCUCGUAAUCGUUUCUGGGGUACCCCUCUUCCCUUGUGGGUUAGCGAAGAUUACUCAGAGAUUGUUGCCGUGGGAAGCGCACAAGAACUCAAGGAGCUUAGCGGCUACGAGGGUGAAAUCCAUGACAUCCACCGUGACAAGGUUGAUCACAUUACCAUUCCUAGCAAGAAGGGUAAUGGUGUUCUGCGUCGUGUUGAAGAGGUUUUCGAUUGUUGGUUCGAAUCUGGCGCCAUGCCCUAUGCUUCUCAACACUAUCCUUUUGAGAAGAAGGAAGAGUUUGAGCAGACUUUCCCCGCUGAUUUCAUUGCUGAGGGUCUUGAUCAAACUCGUGGCUGGUUCUACACCCUCUGUGUCCUUUCAACCCAUCUCUAUGGGCACAUUCCAUUCAAGAAUGUUGUUGUCAACGGUAUUGUGCUGAGUGACGAUGGCAAGAAGAUGAGCAAGCGUCUCCAAAACUACCCAGAUCCUACUUUGAUCAUGGAUCGUUACGGUUCAGAUGCUCUCCGUCUGUACCUCAUUAACUCCCCCGUCGUUCGUGCCGAGCCCCUCCGUUUCAAGGAGUCCGGUGUCAAGGAGGUUAUUAGCAAGGUCCUCCUUCCUCUGUGGAACAGUUACAAGUUCUUCGAUGGCCAGGUGGCUCUUCUCAAGAAGUCCUCGGACGUUGACUUUGUCUUUGAUCCCAAGGCAGAGGCCACUAACACUAACGUUAUGGACCGUUGGAUCUUGGCCAGUUGCCAGAGUCUGCUCAAGUUCGUUAACGAGGAGAUGGCUGCCUACCGUCUUUACACUGUUGUGCCCCGUCUGUUGGCGCUGAUUGAAAACACCACCAACUGGUACAUUCGCUUCAACCGCAAGCGUCUUAAGGGUGAGAAUGGCGUUGAUGACACUUUGCAUGCCUUGAACACACUCUUUGAGGUUCUUUAUACCCUUGUUCGAGGCCUGGCACCCUUCACUCCCUUCCUUGCCGACAACAUUUACCAGCGCUUGCUUCCUCACAUUCCCGAGCCUCUCCGUGCUGAAGACAGCCGCAGUGUUCACUUCCUUCCCUUCCCCGAAGUGCGUCAAGAGUUGUUUGACGAGGUUGUUGAGCGCAGAGUUGCGCGCAUGCAGAAGGUCAUUGAUUCCGGCCGUCUCAGCCGUGAGCGCCGAUCCAUCGGUCUCAAGACCCCACUGAAGUCCUUCGUGGUUGUCCACCAAGACCAGCAGUACCUGGAUGAUGUUAAGUCUCUCGAGGGCUACAUUCUGGAGGAACUUAAUGUUGUUGAGCUUGUUCUCACAUCUGAUGAGGAGAAGUACAACAUCCAAUACAGCGUCAACGCCGACUGGCCCACUCUGGGUAAGAAGCUCAAGAAGGACGUACAGAAGGUCAAGAAGGCCCUGCCUGCGCUCUCCAGCGAGGAUGUUAAGAAGUACGUUGCGGAUAAGAAGAUCUUGGUUGAUGGCAUCGAGCUGGUUGAGGGUGACCUUGUCGUCAAGCGAGGCAUCAAGGAGGAUGCCAGCUCAUCGGGUAUGGAGCCCAACGCUGACGCGGAUGUCAUCACUAUCCUCGAUGCGAACGUUUACCCGGAGUUGGCUCAGCAGGGUCUUGGCCGUGAGAUCAUCAACCGUGUCCAAAAGCUGCGCAAGGCCGCAGGCUUGGUGGCAACUGAUGACGUGAAGAUGGAGUACACUGUGCUUUCCGACCCUGAGAACAUUGGUAUCAACGAAGCCUUCAAGUCCCAGACUCAGGCUAUUGAGAAGGUCCUGCGUCGUCCUCUUGAUGAGGUCGCGCUGGUUGAUGGCAAGGUGCCCGCCGCCGAUGAAGCAGGUCUUAUCUCACAGGAAGAGCAGGAAGUCCAAAACGCGACUUUCCUGCUGCGUCUGCUGAAGCUAUAG